AUAGUAACGACGAUCGAUGGUGGGGACAUUUGUACUAAGCAGUACCGCUUUAUAAUAAUCGACAGUUAUAAGUAAAAUACAGUACCACUCAAAUCGCUGUAACAAGUCCGAAGAUUCGAUCGAACGGACAGACGCAAUGAAGAAGAUGUCAACGUUUAGUUUCUUGUUUAACUGCAUUAUCCUGUCAAUUGGUUUUGAAGAAAUUUUGUCGAUGCCGAACAGUUCAUUGGAAAAAUUUGAGGCUGUCGAGGUUCAAAAUGAGCGGAAUUGUGCUCCAAAUUUAUCCAAACAGAAUUAUCCCAAUCAGAAUGAUCAGUUGUACGGGUUGACUCACUCAAAGUCUCAUGACACUCCUUUACGCGAUGAUUAUUAUUACACACUCGGAAUCGGCGCGCAUAAACUUCACACCAGAGCACGGACUUGGAACGAGGCGCGAAGAAUUUGUAUUGAAGAAGGUGGCCAUUUGGCAAUCAUCAAUUCUGUUGCGGAAGAGCGUGUACUAAUGGAUAUAUUUAAUCGAACGGGCCCGAUAAAGGGUUCCUCACUUAACGAUGAAGCCUUGUUAGGUAUACAUGAUCUAUUCGCAGAGAAUGAUUGGACUACAGUAUUCGGGGACUCGCUAGCGAAAACUGGCUUCAGCACAUGGAGUGAUAAGUGGAAUGGACAGCCAGAUAAUUGGCGUAACAUACAACAUUGUGGUGCAAUUUUAAAGGAAGGCGGAAUGGACGAUCUAGCCUGCAAUCAGCCGUACGCAUUCUUCUGCGAACUGCCUAUCCCAUCAUUAUUAAAUCAAGUUAUCUCAUAACUAAUGCGAAAAUGUCUUCAAUACCCUUCAAAUGAAAUAGAACAGUCAUUUACUGAUCUAUGCAUGCACUCUGUUAUGUGCAGAUUCAAUCUCAGUAUGGUUUACGAAUGUGCAUGCCUAUCUGAGAAACCUCUAAAAUUAAGUGUGUUAGUUGUAAAUUGCCUUAGAACUGACUAUCUAAUUAAAUCUUUGUGUUAGAUGAACUGAAAUAAAUUAUUUUAUAUAAUAUUAAAAUCAGUUCGAUUUGACCGAUCUUAAUUAGAUCAUACAUGCUUGAAGCUCCGUAAUUCUAAUUCACUUUUUCAUCCUCUCAUUUCUUUUUGUCUGACUCCAUUGUCUUAAAUUCUCAUAAACGUAAUUAUUAACAUUUGCGAGUUCUUAUCGUGGAUAAAAAGACUUAAUUUAUGAAAAAUGCUAUAAAUUGAAGUAUAAUAGAAGGCGGUGACAGAAACACAAAUUUCACUGUGCAUUCAAUGAAAAUUUCGUAAAUAAAAUGCGUUGUUG